AUGACGGCCCUACCCGACAGCCCCCGGCGGCCCGCCCACUGUACUUGCCAGUCAGUCUGGAUCACGCUGUGCUUCGCCAUCAGCUUGGGGCUCUUCAUAUUCUCGCGCCUCACAGUGAACACGCUGUCGCAGGAAGCACCCUUCAUCGCGCGGUCAUCACAUCCAGACGCUCGCGCGUGCGAGGGGCCGCCGUCCCUGCUGCCCACAAUCGGCCCGAUCUUGGAGGAGCGACACGCCGCGUGCGUGGUGUUUCACAACAUCACCAACGCCACAGCGGCGUGGCAGCUCUGGCACUGCCCAGCGGAGCGGCGCUUCAAAGUCAUCUCGAACACGACCCGGCACGCGGUCUUGACGCUGCGGCUGCUCGGGUCGCGGCUUGUUUUCACGUCGCAGUCUCGCCGGUUGGAGGGCGGGCUCGAGCAUCACUUGGAUUAUAGAACAAACGCGGCAGGAUUGUACCAAGCCCACAUUAACUUUCUCCUGGAUGAGGCGGUUGAAAACAUCACCACCAACUGCGUUUCGGCGGCGCCCGCCGUCACCUUCAAUUUCUCCGUCAGCCCGGCGCAGGUCAGCCCCUCCACCCUCGGCCUGUGGGAGUGGGCGGAGCCUCGGACGGACGACUUGUCUCUCUACCGGAUCUUGAAUGUCCCCCACCCCAGAGCGGCAGUCUUCUCGGACUUUUAUGCGGGCCUCCGCUUCAACUACCCGUUCCUGUCCACUGAGAAGGCCGUCCAGUGCAUGUCAACCCGAACGACGUGCCUGAUCGGCGACUCGCAGAUGCGUCACCAUUAUCAGCACAUGCAUCAAGCCGUUGUCGGUUAUACCACAAACUGCAGCAAGGCCGACGCCACCUGCUCGGCUGCUGCUGGCACCCGGAUCUUUUACGUCAAGCUUCACUACGUGGCUGAGUGGGGGGCCGCCGCCGCAAGUGUUGCAGCCCUCAAUUGCUCGCACAUCGUCGUGAACGUCGGGCAGUGGCCGCUCGGGUUCACAUCGGGGGCGCCCUGGUCCUAUCUCAAGUACCGCGAGUCAGUGGAGUCCUUGUUCGGCACCCUGAGUGCGCUCCCCGCCCAGGUCUACUGGACCGACACCAACCCGCUGCCCCCGCACUGGUACACGAGAUCCUGCCCCCCCAAAGACUGGCGUUUCCCGCACGUCGUGGCGUACUACAAUGACAUUGCAGCCCUGAGCCUGCGCAUGUUCCCUCGCCUCAAGAGCAUACGCCUGUUUGACAUCGCAUUCCAGCUGUGGGACGCGACGUAUGAUGGCGGCCAUUACAACGCCCCCGUUGGGCCGGCCUCGGCGCAGUACAUCAUGACCGCGCUGUGCUCGUGA